AGGCGCAUUAAAGUGGCUUAACUGGAAGACGUCCCCGAGGCUUUGGCCAAUGCACCAAAACAAAAAUACCUUACAACGGGAGCGUAGGAUAACGGCGCACACUGUAGGAGUAGCACACUCCCACGGUCUCUUGUGUCAAACGCCAGGUAUCCGGGUGCCAAGACUGCUGUUGGGCUGGGGCCGGGUCUGUAGAAAAGCCGCUGCUGUAUGCAGGCACCGGAGAUUUAUGAAGCUUUCAAGGCCUUUUGAUUGAUCAGCCACUCGAUGGGGAUUCACCAGCGAGCUCCCACCUGUGUGUCCUGCCCCCCUGCCCACUGCCUGCCUCCCCUCUACAACACCUCCUCCACAGAAAUCAUGAAACUGGUAUUAACUGAAUGGCAAAUUAUAUGGAUUUUUACUAUUUCCAAUAGACAGUAAACACACACACACACACAUAUACACACACACACACAUACACAUAUACACACACACACACACACACACACACACACAUACAUUUUCAUGCACGCACAUACACACACAUACACACUUAUACACACAUUUGCACACACCAAAGGGAGUAACCUCAUGAUAAAGCCAUAUCUCCCUCAUGGUUGCAUACCAAAAAAAAGACCCCAACCCAUGACACGACGGAUGAGGCUCUACUGGGAGCUCCACUAGCCAUCCUUGAGAAACCUACAUGGAAUGUAUCUUGCUUAAUUGAGCUUUUUUUUUUUUGUCAGUUGUUCAACAAGAGCAUCUUAGAUGAUGCAGGUUCACCAACCAAAAGGAGCUGCUCGGAAUUAAACCCACACCGUUUUUUUUUUGGUUUUUUUUAAUCCAGAGUUGGGUUUUGGGGUUGUUGGGUUUUUUUUGUUUUGUUUCCUUUUUUGUUGCACACAACGUGCCUACGGAGCCCGGGGUGUUCUACUCGGUUACUGCAUGCCGACGGCGAUGGCCCCCCAGAACACUGAUUCGGAUACUAUGCAAGUGCAAGAGGUUGUGGUGAUUCCUGCUAAGGCGGCCCCCAGAGGCUCGGCAGGACGGGGAGGAGGCAGGGCUAAUGGAGUGGGUGGGGCUAGUGGGCAGGACCUGGAGAGUCAGGAGGACGCGCCGAGCGAGGCCUCCAUAGACCGCAUCCCCCUGCGCCAGUGGGUUAUGCACGGAGCCAUCAUGUUCGGAAGGGAGUUCUGUUACGCGAUGGAGACAGCCCUGGUGACGCCCGUGCUGCUUCAGAUUGGUCUUCCAGAGCAGUACUACAGCCUGGUGUGGUUCCUCAGCCCCAUCCUGGGCCUCCUGUUCACCCCUCUGAUUGGCUCGGCCAGCGACCGAUGCACGCUUCACUGGGGACGCCGUCGCCCCUUCAUCCUGGCACUGUGCGUGGGCGUGCUCAUAGGCGUGGCACUCUUCCUCAACGGUUCCCUGAUAGGUCUGGCCAUCGGCGACAUGCCCAGCAAGCAGCCCAUUGGCAUCGUGCUGACCGUACUGGGCGUGGUGGUACUGGACUUCUGCGCGGAUGCGGCCGAAGGCCCCAUACGAGCAUACCUGCUGGACGUGGCUGACACAGAAGAGCAGGACAUGGCGCUCAACAUCCACGCCUUCUCAGCAGGCCUGGGAGGAGCUGUGGGCUACGCUUUCGGCGGCCUCGACUGGACCCACACCUUCCUGGGCAUGGUCUUCAAGUCGCAGGAACAGAUUCUGUUUGUGUUUGCUGCCCUGCUCUUCACUGUCUCCGUGGGGCUCCACCUGUUCAGCAUCGAGGAGGAGCAGUACUGCCCCCAGCAGGAGCGGCUGGAGGAAGUGGGGGACACCGUCUCGUCCUCCUACGGCAAGCCCAACGGCCCGCUGGGCCUGCCGGCGCCUGAGCCCUCGCCCGCCCCAGAGCUGAUCGGCGAGGAUGAGCCGUACGAGCGCUCGGUGGUGUUGGCCGAUCGCCGCUCCGAGCAGGACCUGGAGCUGGACUUCCUGCAUGCCGAGCUGGUGCGCAGCAAGAGCGACUCAGUGCUGGCCAUGGCUGACGGGCCGCUGGAGCACCUGGACCACGAGGCGCUGUUCCUGCGGCAGAUCGAGCCGUCCAUCUUCCUGGAGGAGCGCGCCCCAUCCUACCACGGCUCGCCCCAGCGUCGCCGCAGCGAUGACGACAGCACCGACGGCCGGGAGCUCCCGCCCGGCCGCCUCAGCCUGUCCGAACCGGAGCCGGAGGACGAGGAGGCACCGCUCCACGCCUGGCCCGCCGAGCCCAAGGUCCCCAACGGCCACACGUCCAGCCCCAGCGGGGACGGCGGUGGCCCCCCGCGGCCGCCGCAGCCUGCCGGCGCGUCGGCCCGCCGGCGUCGCCACACCUUCUACCGUCAGUCCUCUCACACCUUCUCCUACUACGGACGCCUGGGGUCGCACCGCUACCGCUUCCGGCGCGCCAACGCCGCCGUGCUCAUCAAGCCGUCACGGAGCAUGAACGACAUCUAUGAGCUGCAGCAGCGGCUGAAGCAGGCACAGAGGCAGAGGGCCCGGCACCAGAGUGGCAACACCACGUCUAGCGGCGACACAGAGAGCGAAGAGGGCGAGGGCGAGACCACCGUGCGCCUCUUGUGGAUGUCCAUGCUGAAGAUGCCCAGGGAGCUGCUGCACCUGUGCGCCUGUCAUCUGCUCACCUGGUUCUCCGUCAUCGCCGAGGCCGUGUUCUACACUGACUUCAUGGGGCAGGUCAUCUACGAGGGAGACCCUACGGCUCCUGCUAACUCCACGGUGCUGCAAAACUACCAUAAAGGAGUGCAGAUGGGAUGCUGGGGACUGGUGAUCUACGCUGCCACCGCGGCUGUCUGCUCGGUUUUACUCCAGAAGUACCUGGACAACUUUGACCUGAGCAUCAAGGUCAUCUACCAUCCUGGGCACGCUGGCUUCUCCGUCGGCACGGCCGUCAUGGCCCUCUUUCCAAACGUCUACGUUUCAAUGGUGAUGAUCAGCAGCAUGGGCGCCAUCUCCAUGAGCAUUUCCUACUGCCCCUACGCCCUGCUCGGCCAGUACCACGACAUCAAAGAGUACAUCCACCACAGCCCUGGCAACUCCAAGCGAGGGUUCGGCAUCGACUGCGCCAUCCUGUCGUGCCAGGUUUACAUCUCUCAGAUCCUGGUGGCGUCGGCGCUGGGCGCGGUGGUGGACGCUGUAGGCAGCGUGCGGGUCAUCCCUGUGGUGGCAUCGGGCGGCUCCUUCCUGGGCUUCCUGACCUCCUGCUUCCUGGUCAUCUACCCGGGUGAGGGCGAGGGAGCAAAAGGUGACCAGGCCAAGACCCCAACGUCCACGGGCAACGAGCGCGGCGAGCAGGCAGCGGCCGAGAAGCCCAGCGUCCUGAAGCUCACCCGCAAGGGUGCCGCCACAACCACGUGCAAGGUGGAGCACGAGUCCACGCUGUGAUGCAGGCGGAGGUCGUGCGCCCACGGCCGGGGGCUCGGGGCGUGGCUUUCUUUUGUGUGAGGUUUAGUGUUUGUGUGCACGACUGUCCGUCUGUCCCAGAUCUUGGGUGCUGCGGUGAAGGGAGAUGCAUGCUCUUUCCCUCUCGGCGCCUCCAGGGGGCAGCAUUGAGCAGUACUCAAACAAGGCAGCAAGGGUGCUCUGCUCUUGGGCUCCGGCUCACUUUCAACAUAAAGUUCAGUCAGUUACAGUUUUUAACUUCCACUCCAUGCUCAAGUUGGAGGGGGAAAAAAAAGAAAUAAAAUGUAAACAAAAAAGUUCAUUGUAUAUCUGAAUCACAGCUGAAUCAUUUGCAUGAGCCAAAUGAUAUUUUUCCUUGUCAGUUAUGUUACUACUAUUAGAAUCAUGUUAAAUUAAAACUAUUAAAUUAGACUCUUUUUUGCCUCUGGUCUAGGAGAGGACUGUGUGAUUACCAAAAGCUGCGCAAUAUAAUUACUUUUUUGGGUCUUGUUUCUAUAUUUUAAACUAUGUUGACUCUUUUUUUCUGAAGAAGUAAUAUGCAGAUGUGUGAAGGAAUCUUGAUGUUUUAAGAAAAAACAUCCAAAGGUUUAGAACUGAGACAGAAAUUCCUGUUUCUGCAUUUCAUUUAAGUAUUUAAAGUGUUUUCAAUUGUGAACAGCCACUGAGGUCAGUACUAGCAGGAAUCACUCAAGGAUUCCUACAUUUCCCAUGUUCCUCUACUCUGCCUGUGAGUGUGUGUUGCACUUGCGCGCAAGUGUCAGAAUUGCACUUGCUCUUUCUAUCCACAGCUCUUUUCAACAUUACCAUUUGUGCAAACGCUUCACAACAUCACAAAUAAUCUCAGAGUAAUGCUGCAAGUAUUUUUUUUUUUUUUUUUGAGCAUGUACCAAAUGAAGAAAAAAUAAACAAGUGUGCGAGUAUUGCGGGAGACACCCUGAGGAGGAUUGCGCGGUGUGAGCUGACGGAGCUCCAGCUGUCGGUGUGUCCCCUCUUCGUGUCCUUGUGGUCAUAGCAGCGUGUGUGAUUUGCACAUGUGGAGCUGGCAUCUGUGACAGAGUGCCAGCGCUCGUUGUAUUGGAGUGCCUGCGCCCGGUGGCGAAGGUGACGUGCUCGAGAAGCAUUGCAUAGCAUUUCAACGGGCGCCAUCUUGGCAGCCCUAAGCACUUUAUGCGUCCACAGGGGGGCGCCACACUCUCACUAGAAGUUUGUUUACAUUGUCACCUGCUUGCUGCAUGCAGGAAGGCUCCACCCAGGACCCACCCCUACCCCGUUUUCCUCCACCUCAUCUCCGUCACCUUGGUUCCUCCCGUGCCUGGUCACCAACCGUGCUCCACGGAAGCCUGAGGCACAGGCUCUACAGCAGGUCUGCUGCAGCGUGGCUUUUGGACGAGACAACUGAGAGAAAGGAUGAGCUGGGGUCGUGUUCCCGGUCAGCCACGGCUGUGACGUACACUUGGCCUGGCGUGCUGAGACUUUUUGCGCGUCUUCUCAAGGUUGGAAGAUCUAAGAGCGGGAUGCUCUUCUAAUGUUCACUAGACACGAUGCUACUUCCUUCAUGCCAUCUAGCACGUCAGAGACAUUGCAGCAUGUUGACCACAUAGAGAUGUCUAUGUUCCAUUAAAGCAGAUUUGUACUAAUAUGUAACUUUAUAGAGUAUUAAACCUACACCAUAAGCUGUAACCUGUUUUUGUAAUGUGCAUAAGGAGAAAUUAAACUUGAAAACAAAACACCACACCCGCACACCCGCACCAUAUUCCUGACAAAUCAGACACAGUUGCAAUAAUGAUGUUACCUGCCUCAGAACAUGUUGACUUUAGUGUGGUAAAUUUUUUCUACCUAGUGCAUGAGAGGAUGUUUGAUAUGUCUGCGUUGCUAAAAGAAAUGCACUUAUUAGUUAAAUUAGCUGAGACAUGUGCUCAGGGGGAGGAGGCAGGUCUCGUUUGGAAAUACUUGAAGUGUGUCGCGCUUGUUUUUAAGCGGAGGGGACACUCCUGGGGCUAUGCCCGUGGGGUUGGGAGGGAGUUUCCUCCACUAGGGGGCAUCACUUUGACCUGCCUUCGUUCAACCAGGGGGCAGGUCAGGUAAUGAAUGUAUAUACUGUUUAUCGCUCUGCUAUGAGCAAAAGAUCUGACGUGGCGAAGAGUUUGCACAUACAGGGCUGGCUUCCCUGACACUGACAAGAUCAGACUUAGCAUGAAAAGCGCGACGCCGCUGAUGGUGCCAGCUAGUUCGGGAGUGACCUUAAUCUAGCGUCCCCCAGAGUUUUGAGGAAAGAAUCAUCUUGCAAAAUAAAAACUGUGGAUAUUUAUUUUUUUUUAGCUCUUUCUCCUUAAAAGCUUUGACAUUAUUUAAAGAUGAAAAUAUAAUUAUAAAGAGAUAUAUUUACACUCAUUCUAAAUGCAAAGGAAAAAUGUUUUUGAGAUGGAAAGACGUGGGGGUUGUGAGCACAUGUUGUGUGUCUAUGAGCAUGUUACAAAAUCACACUUCUCUUCACAAGUCCUGGUAUAUAUUAUAUAUUUUAUUCUAAGGAAACGUUUUAUUUCAGGUAACACUUCAAGCAGUAGUAUUAUUUCCUCAUUAUAUUUAGCAUUCAGAGGUGUGUAAGUACUGAAGAAUUGUUCACGUGGCGUGUGGAAAUAAGUCGCUCAAAUUUUGCUUCACUGAUUUGUUUGCGCUCACUUCCUGCUUCUUUAUUUGUAAAGAAAGCGGAUGGGCGCUACUUCAGCGUAGCAUUUGCUGUGGACGCUCUGCCUUCUUAUUUCAAAGCUGUAUUUGUUUUCAACACUUUUUUUGCUGCUAUUAAAGGCUGAAUAUUUUAGUUUUGUUUUCUAUAUAAACUGUAUAUCCGUCUGUAUAUGUCUGCGAAUAUGCUCAAGCCCUCAAAUAUAGAACUUCAGGAACACUGUCAUGAACGCACCUUUAAAGAAUCAUGGGAAGAAAUCCUGAUUCCUUUCUUCUUUUCCUCCUCCUUCCCACUGCAGUAUGUUUUAUCUGUCCUUGUUUUGGGUGUGAGAUUCAGUAUGACAUUCAUAUGUACGACUGCGCCGUGGCUCUCGGCCAUGUGUUACGACAUUUAACUUGGCAUUAAAUUUCACCUGAAACAUUCAGAA